GCGGCGUGGGAAGCGGAAGUGGCGCGGCGGAAGUGGCGGUGCGGGGGGUCUGUUGCUGGGAGACCGGGAUGUUCCCCUCCGCCGUGGACAUCCACCCCGCCUGCCUGGGGCUGUACUGCGGCAGGACCGUCCUGUCGGUCAACGGCUCCCUGGAGACCUACGGGGAGUGCGGGGUGUGCCCUAGAGGACAGAGAACUGAUGAGCACAAAAUCUGCCGGGAGUGCACGGGGUCUCCAGACCGCUACGACUGGCUGUACCUGGGCUUCAUGGCCAUGCUGCCCCUGGUGCUGCACUGGUUCUUCAUUGAGUGGUAUUCAGGAAAAAAGAGCUCCAGCGCGGUGCUGCAGCACCUGACGGCGCUGCUGGAGUGCAGCCUGGCCGCCCUCCUGACGCUGCUGGUCAGCGACCCUGCCGGCUCCCUGCGCCUGCGCUCCUGCCGGGUGAAGAAGCUCUCCGACUGGUACACCAUGCUCUACAACCCCAGCCCCGACUACAUCACCACCGUGCACUGCACCCACGAGGCAGUCUAUCCCCUGUACACCAUUGUGUUCAUCUAUUACGCCUUCUGCCUGGUGUUAAUGAUGCUACUUCGGCCUCUCCUGGUUAAGAAAAUUGCCUGUGGUUUGGGAAAGUCUGAUCGGUUCAAAAGCAUUUAUGCAGCACUCUACUUCUUCCCUGUCCUCACUGUGCUCCAGGCUGUUGGGGGAGGCCUGCUCUAUUAUGCCUUCCCUUACAUCAUACUGGUGCUGUCCUUGGUGACACUGGCUGUGUACAUGUCUGCUUCUGAAGUGGAGUCUUUCAAGGAUCUUCUCGUCAGGAAGAAAAGGCUUGUUGUCCUCUUCAGCCACUGGUUACUUCAUGCCUAUGGAAUCAUCUCCAUUUCCAAACUGGAUAAGCUUGAGCAGGACCUCCCCUUGCUGGCCCUGGUACCUGCACCUGCCCUCUUCUACUUGCUGACAGCCAAGUACACCGAGCCCUCCCGCAUCCUCUCAGAAGGUGGAAAUGGACACUAAAAGGAGCCUGUGCCAACACUGCUGUCCUGGGCUGGGUGAAGCCAUUUCAGUGCUUGUUACACGUUGGAAACUUCUGUUUUAGAAGAAGUUAUUUAUGUACAAGCUUUCUAGGUGAAACACCUGAGUCAGACUGCAAAAAGCUGCACUUUGGAGUCUUCCUAAGAGUCUGGUAUAGACAACAGGAAAGUCUUUGUAUCUGUUUAUCACAGUGAAACUGCAUAAAAGGCAUGUGACACACUCUGGUACAGCAGUUGGCUUGGAUAUGUUUAUUGCCUAAUGCAAUAUGUUAGAUGUUGUUUAAAUAGAACAAUAGAGCCUGGUUUUCAAUAGCCUUUCAGUAAAACAAAUAGAACUUGA